CAUUCAAGAUGGCGGCGAUUGUAGACUUCAACCUGUAUCGAGAUUGAAGUUUCAUUUGGAAAUAUUAGGAUUAAUAUUUAAUUAUGAGCGCAUCUAUUAGCGCACAACAGAUUUUAUCCCAUUCCAAAAUGUGUGGCUCAUAAAAUUAAUUUCCAACGGAGGGUUUUAGACGUUUUCCGGAAUUUUUACGGGCCGAUGUGUGGCGGUGUUUUGAAUGUGUGAACUUCAUGGCGUCUGGGUGAUACCAAACCACCCUUGAUGAUCGCCAGUUGAAAUUAGCGCGACAAAUAUUCUUGGAUCUCUGGUGACAAACCUAACAACAGGAAAUUAAAAUGGCGGAUAAUACAAGUACCCGACGACGUGUAAAAUUAUACAUGCUAAAUGAGGAUCGCCAGUGGGAUGAUCGAGGGACAGGGCAUGUGUCAUCGGCGUACGUUGAACGACUCAAGGGAAUGGCAUUGCUAGUGCGAUCGGAAACUGAUGGGUCAAUAUUGCUUGAAUCUAAAAUACAACCUGAUACAGCAUAUCAAAAACAACAGGAAACCUUGAUUGUGUGGUCAGAAGCAGACAACUAUGAUCUUGCACUUAGUUUCCAAGAAAAAGCUGGUUGUGAUGAGAUAUGGGAGAAAAUCUGCCAGGUUCAAGGUAAAGACCCCUCAGUAGAUAUAACACAAGAUGUAGUUGAGGAGUCAGAAGAUGAAAGGUUUGAUGACAUGCCUGAUGCUGCACCACCAAUUGAACUGCCCCCUUGUGAACUCAGCAAGUUGGAGUAUAUCUCGGAAAUCUUCAGUAGUGUUCUUCCAUCACCUAUACGACGGGAAAAACUAUCUGUGGCCAUAGAGAAUGAAGGAUACAUUAAAAAACUGGUGGAACUUUUUCACAUAUGUGAAGACUUGGAAAACAUGGAGGGUCUACAUCAUUUAUUUGACAUAUUCAAAAGUAUAUUUUUACUGAACAAGAACGCCUUGUUUGAGAUCAUGUUCUCAGAUGAAUUGAUUUUUGACAUUGUUGGUGUGUUGGAGUAUGAUCCUUCCUCCCCAUCACCGGUGAAACACAGGGAAUAUCUCAAAAGUACUGCCAAAUUUAAAGAAGUUGUUCCAAUUACCAAUCAGGAGUUGGAAAACAAAAUCCACCAGACUUACCGUGUACAGUACAUUCAAGAUGUGAUAUUACCUACUCCUUCAGUGGUUGAUGACAACAUGCUGUCAUCACUAGCAUCAUUUGUCUAUUUCAACAAAGUGGAAAUUGUCAGUAUGAUUCAGGAUGAUGAAAAGUACUUGACAACUCUAUUUGCUCAACUAACUGACGACGAAACAGAUGAUGACCAUCGGCGAGAUCUCAUAUUAUUUCUGAAAGAGUUCUGCACUUUCUCACAAUCAUUACAACCUAUCAGUAAAGAAACAUUCUUUAAGACACUAUCAAACCUUGGGGUAUUAUCAGCAAUAGAAGUCAUUUUGGGGUUAGAUGAUGCUAGAAUGAAGACAGCUGCCAUAGACAUAUUUUCCUACAUAGUGGAAUUCAGUCCGUCCAUGGUGCGGGAGUUUGUUCUUCACGAAAGCCAGAAUCAAGAUGACGAUGAACUCUUGAUAAACCUAGUCAUUGAACAGAUGGUCAAUGACGCUGAUCCUGACUGCUAUCUAGAACUGGGGGGUGCCAUGCAGCUCAUGACAGUCAUCAGGCUACUGCUUGACCCUGAGAAUAUGAUGCCAACAGCCAAUAAGACUGAGAAGACAGAGUUUCUGAGCUUCUUCUACAAACACAGCAUGCAUGUCCUGACAGCUCCCCUAUUUGCCAACACUGUGGAUGAGAGGCCGAGUAAAGAUGAUUACCAGACUGCUCAGCUGCUAGGUCUGAUCUUGGAGCUGCUAUCUUUCUGCGUGGAGCAUCACACAUACCACAUCAAGAACUAUGUUAUUAGCAAGGACCUCCUUGGUAGAGUGCUGGUACUGCUCAAGUCAAGACACUCUUUUCUUGCUCUUUGUGCCUUAAGGUUUAUGAGGAAGAUUGUUGGCUUGAAAGAAGAGUUCUACAACCGAUAUAUAGUCAAAGGCAACCUGUUCAAACCUAUCGUUGAGGCAUUUGUUGCAAAUGGAGACCGAUAUAAUCUGCUUAACUCUGCAAUGAUUGAAUUGUUUGAAUUUGUCAAAGCUGAGGAUGUGAAGUCUCUGUGUUCACAUAUAGUAGAGAACUUCAUCAAAGAUCUAGAUGGUGUGAAGUAUGUGAAGACCUUUGAAUCAUUAAAACUGAGGUACGAACAACAGCAAGACAGGUUGAAAGACAGGGCAAAUACUGAGAGAUUUGCUGUAUUCAGUCACCCAGGAUCACUGGGGCGAAUGAACCGCUUCCGCCGAGAUGUUCGGAUCAUGGAUGAAGAAGAGGAAAUGUGGUUCAAUGAAGAUGAGGAAAUGGAUGACUCUGAGGCCCAUGCUCCCAUGUCAGACAUCCUCAGGACAAAACUGGAUGCAGACUUUGACCAAAUAAAUAGAAUUUUAGAAAAUAAAAAAGCCAAAGAACAGGCAGAGCUCCGAGAGUCUCCACCCAGACUACUCAACAAGACUUCCACUAUCAACAUCAAUCUGCGGAGUGGUAGUCCCCUCUCCAGUCCCAACAGCUCCCCAGGUAGCCCGGGCUCGCCCGAGAAUGCCUACUCCCCACCUGGAAGCCCUGGCAGUCCUAGUACACCCAAGAUAGUACCGCCACCCACACCAGACUGUUCACCUAACUCAUCACCACAACUUAAACCAAAUGCUAUCGCCAAAAAGCCAUUGGUUGGUCUUGUUGACUACCCAGAUGAAGAUUCAGACGAGGAGGAAGAUGAGACAAUAUUACCCUCUCCAAAGAGAGCACGGUUAGGGACGUAACUUCUGUAGUAGAUUAGUAUGAGGACUUGAUUUACACUGUGUUCUGGGCUUGUCACUGCGUGCAUGAUGCACGACCUCGCAGCCCUACUCGCAAUGGAGGGAGGGCCCUGUCUGACCUUUGCUUGACCUCACUCAACCAACCAUUCCACAGAUGAAACGACAAGUCCGUGAUAGAUCCACAAUCCCUCACUGGAUGGCCUCCCAAACCAGACAAAUGGGAGUAUGCGUAGUACUUGACCAAUCCUGGUGCCCGUGACAAGCAGAGAGCUGUUCAUAACCAAUCAUGAUGAAACAUUGCAGAACAAGUUUUCUAUCUAUCAUAUUGCUGAAAGCUGCCAGUGCAUCAGGAUCAUGCCUCAGGAAUUCCAUGACCAGCUGUUUGAAUACCUGUGCUGAAUCCGACUUGUUUAUCUUGGUCAAAAUAGUGCAUGUGUUUAAUGUGAUUGUGAACCAAAGACAUGUCAAUAGAUUGUACAAAAAUGGUUUGUCUUAGAAAUCAAAGGAAAUGCAGACUCUGGGGUUUGAAACCUGUGCUUGUAAGAUUGGACCAUUCACAAAGACAUUGUUUUUGUUUUUAAAGGAGAGACUUUAUUAUAUUGUGAUUGAUUACAGCAUUUGUCAUUUAUUCACUAAAACAGAGCCAUCAUCAUUGAAAUGUGUUGUAAAUGGAAUGUGUGAAUUUAUUUAUAUGAAUCCAUACCAUUCAUACAGCAUAAGUGUUCUCAUUUUUCAAGAGAUGCAAAGUAUGACGACAUAAUCCUCGACUUCUCAAAUUUUAGUAGUAGCAAAAAGUACAUUUCUUCAGCCCGACAUUUUCUCAAAACGUUGCCCUAGAAAAGCAGACAUCACAGAUUCCUUCAAUUUCACUUGUUUCAAAGAUAAUACUUGCACCCUCAGUACAACAAAGGAUUUAUUUUUAUGUAGAAAUGCCAUUCAGAUCAUGUAAAAAUUACCUGAAGGGUUGUGUGUAUAUUCUUGAAAUAUAUAUAUAUGGAUUUGUUCUUUUCUGGGUUGCAAGGUAAAUAUUGGAAAUAUCGAGGCUAAUCAUGCAAGGAUGUCUCUCAGAUGUAGCUACUUAAAUUCAAGAUCCUUGACCAGGCAGCUGUAAAAAGACAACUACAUAUUUUAGGGAUGGGGAUCCUGGGGAUGAUGGCAUCCCUUAAUCUUGAAGAGAGAAUGAAGUCUUUGUACAUAUAUUUUUGUGACAGGGGAAUGAAGUCAAAUGGGUAAUUUUGAGUGUGGAUACAGACUUGUGGAAGAAUUUAUUACAGUAGAAUACAAAGUGAUCAGUAUCCCCAUACAUGUGAAGUAGAAAAUCCAUUUUAGCCGACUGAAAUUUUUAUCAUGUAACAUAUUCAUGUUUAAUUAAAUAAAUGCCAUGCCGAAGGCGUGGUUUAGUUAUUUUAAGUGCAUGGUCUUCUUAAUGAACGCUCAUGACUUGGACACUGACCCACAAUGAAACAAUCAAAAGCUGAAGGCUGAAUAAACAGAUUUUCAUAUACA